AUGUCCGUUUUAGGGUCAACUGUACAAAGCACAGGCAAUCAAUGCGGCAGUACCUACGCAGACUCCACGAAGUGUGAGAUUAGUUGUCCGGGUGGUAUUGACAGCGAAUGUCCAGCAGGGGAAUUCUGUUUUCGAUCUGUAGAAUGCGGAUCAGGUAUUGAUGAUGUGGACCGUGUGCCAACUGGGUCAUAUUGUGGCACAAAUAGCACAACUGCUGGUCAGUGUUCGCUUCCCUGCAGAAAUGGGAUUCAUGCAGAUUGUAUAGACCCAGAGCUGAAGUGUUUCGAUGGUAUCGUAUGUGACUUUCUUAAAGAAGAUAACAAAGAUGCCGAGUGUAAUACCACAGUCGUCUGCCCCCUAAACGCAUGUUGCAGUCAAUGGGGUUUCUGUGGAUGGACCGAGGAUUAUUGCAAUGUUGAUUGUAUUUCUGAUUGCCAGUAUCGUCCCAGCCCACCUGCAUGUGAUGGUACCGCACCACAGGUCCGUCUGGGAUACUACGCGUCGUGGGCUACAGCGCGAGAGUGCCGCCCCAAACCCCCUGUAAGUCUGGCAUCUAUCGCCGGUGAUUACACCCACUUGGUAUUUUCUUUUGCGCACGUCAGUAUCGAUUUUAAAAUCGAAGCAGCUGCGCCUACUGAUGAGCCGCUUUUCAAAGAGUUUACUGAUCUCAAGGUAACUUCACCAGCACUUAGGUGUCUGAUAGCCGUUGGUGGUUGGGCUUUUAACGAUAAGCCAACCCAGCAUCGGUUUACGGAUAUGACUAACAACACGGCGUCGCGUGCUGUAUUUAUUCAAUCUGCUGUUGAUUUCUUGGAGAGAUACAAUUUCGAUGGUAUCGAUUUGGAUUGGGAAUACCCCGGGGCACCCGAUCGUGGAGGUAACGAGGGUGAUUACGCAAACUACGUCGCAUUGAUUACAGAAAUGCGCAGUGCGUUUGUUGCCAGCGGUAAAGAAUUCUCUAUCACAAUGGCUGUGCCACUGUCAAACUGGUAUUUGCGUCACUUCGAUAUCAACGCUCUGCAAUACCAACUUGAUUUCUUUAAUGUGAUGAGCUACGACCUACACGGUGUUUGGGAUGGUGUAAUCCCUACAAUGGGAGCUAAAAUUAUACCUCACACCAACAUGGCCGAGAUCGAAGAAAACUUUAAAAUGUUUUGGAAAAACGGAGUAGCCCCACAUAAGUUAGUUCUAGGUCUUGCCGCAUACGGGAGAACAUACACCCUUUUGAACAACUCCUGUAUCGAGGUCGGAUGUGAGUUUGAAUCUGCCGGUGCACCCGGCGAAUGCACUAGAGUGGCUGGUUUCCAGGGUCACUUCGAGAUCGAGGCCAUCAUCCAGAGUAAGUCAUACGAUAGUGUGACAUUUGACGCAGAUACUGGUUCUAUGAUCCUCGUUAAGGAUAGAGAAUGGAUUGCAUACGACAGUGCAGAUACCUUCAGCUUGAAGAAAGCGUUUGCUAUGGACAAUUGCCUGCGAGGCUCCAUGGUGUGGUCAGUAGACAUGAUUGAUGAAGGUAUUGUAUACUAA